GUUUUGCAGUUUGUUUCACGGUUUCUUUUCAGACACAUGGAAACAUGGAUUUCUAAACUCUUCUUAAACAAAAAGGAGGCAUGGAACAUCCAACUUGUAUUGUGGAGGACUUGAAGCAGUUUGUCAUAAAUGAAGCUCCGCCCACAGUGUAUUACAUCCCGGGUUUCAUAACAGAAGAUGAAGAGACCUACCUUCUGCAGCAGGUCUACAAGUGUCCAAGACCCAAAUGGACUCAGCUGUCAGGUAGAAGGCUUCAGAACUGGGGAGGCGUUCCACAUCCCAAAGGCAUGAUCCCAGAGAAGAUUCCUGAUUGGCUACAACAGUACUGUGACAAAAUUUCCUCUCUCGGUGCGUUCAGUGGGAAAACGGCUAAUCAUGUGUUGGUGAAUGAAUACAAGCAAGGUGAGGGGAUUAUGCCUCACGAAGACGGUCCACUGUACCACCCGACUGUCACCACCAUCAGCCUGGGCUCUCACACGCUGCUCGACUUCUACACGCCCAUCAGCAGCCUGGACACAGCCUUACCGCAGACAGAGGAGAGCCGCUACCGCUUCUCCCUGCUGGUGAAGCCGCGCAGUCUUCUGGUUUUGCAGGAUGAAAUGUAUACACACCACCUCCAUGGCAUCCAGGCCUGCAGCCAGGACACGCUGACGGACAAGGUGCUGAACCUGCCUGCUGCUGGGGCUCAGCCAGGAGAGACGCUGGACCGAGGAACCAGAGUGUCACUGACCAUACGACACGUGCCCAGAGUCAUGAGAGCAAAGCUGGUGCUGGGAAAGAAAUAAGAUAAACCUGUAUGUUUACAUGAUGGACUUGGACUUUGCCUCCUGCGAUUCACAGUGAAGACUAAUUUCCAUUCAGGCAAAGAAGCAGAUUAUAAUUUGUACUGGAUUUCUGUCUUUUAAAUUCCACUUCUUGUGUUUGAAAAUUUCUGCAGCAGCAUUUUGUUGUGGAGACAUUUGUAGUUAUUCUAAAGAUCUUAAGUACAAAUAAGACUACAUUUGGAAAUUUUCAUUAUCAAUUAAU